UGCCCGGCAAAAGACUCUGCAACAGCGCUCCUCGCAGCCAUCGCAGCCAUGGAGACCCUGCAGAACGCCAUCAUCGAGCCCCUCCAGCCAUUCCUCCGCCCAAUUGUCACGUCCCUUCCCGCGCCAGUUCACGAUGCCAUCAUCUCCCUCAUCGGCCCGUCAUGCCACACUGCCCUCGUCCUUGGUCUCGACGUCACCGAAGAUCCAGAAUGCACCUCGCUGGCUAUCUCUAAGGCGCUAGGCAUAGCUAUUGUCGGGGCUAGUGCUGUGGUGAAGCUUCCCCAGAUUCUCAAGCUGAUCAACUCCGGUUCAUCUGCGGGUGUGUCGUUCGUGUCAUACGCCCUCGAGACAGCCAGCUUGCUUAUCACAAUGUCGUAUGGCGUGCGCAACCAAUUUCCCUUUAGUACCUACGGCGAGUCUGCAUUCAUUGCCGUUCAGGAUGUCGUGGUUGGUGUGUUGGUUUUGAUUCUGGCCAAGAGACCGGCUGCGGCUGCGGCAUUCGUUGCGGUAUUCGCAGCCUCCGUGUACACUUUGUUGAUCGAUAGUACAUUGGUGGAUGGGCAGACUAUGGCAUAUCUGCAAGCUGGUGCGGGUGCUCUUGGAAUCGCCAGCAAGGCACCUCAAAUUUACACUAUUUGGCGGGAAGGAGGAACCGGGCAGUUGAGCGCAUUUGCGGUGUUCAAUUAUCUCAUCGGUUCUCUCUCUCGCAUUUUCACCACCAUCAAGGAGGUUGAUGACAAGCUCGUCCUCUCCGGCUUCAUCGCUGGCUUCAUUCUCAACCUCAUUCUAGCCGGACAAAUGCUGUAUUACUGGGGUGGGUCUGCGAAACCCAAGAAGCAGGCCAACAAGGCCGUUGCUGCAGCCCCGAAGACACCUGUCGCGAAGACCACCGGAGCUCAACCUAAAUCGUCUUCGAAGGCGCCCACCACGCGCAGACGAGGCUAGUGGUUUUUUCACGCGUAUAGGAAGGACACGUCAGAUCAAUGGCCCAAAUCAUCGAAGCAUGACAAGGAUGGGUCUCAUCUAUUAUUUGAUCCCAGUCAUUGAUCGCUAUGCGCCUUGGAAAUCAAAUUAGAGGCGAUCGUGCUAGGCACGUUGGAGAUAGCAAACAGAUGUGGCUAUCUGUUGCAGUGAGCCUCAAGCAACGACUGCUGCUAGGCGAACAAACCUCCCGAUAUAACCAUAACCGUUUAUCUGCCCUUCUGAGCCACACCCGUAGUCAUAAACCUCAUAAUCUCAUCUAAGCCCAUCCCCGGCAUGGCCGGUUUCUCAGGCGCGCCUUCACCACGGCCCCCGUCAACCGCACCCUGCGCCAAUCCCGG